AUGGGAAUCCCACGACUUUCACAAGACCUCCAGGCCUACGCAGAGGGUGUCAUCCUCGGCAUGUCAAUGCAGCCCCUAAACGUAGGUACAAUCGAUCUACUGGUCAUUGAUGGGCCAUCCCUGGUGUACCACGUCUACAACAGGCUGCUAGCAUACAGGGCGUCUAGAAGCCCAGUUCUCGAUGGAGGGUUUCCCAGUUAUUCAGAAAUCGACCAGGGAUUUCAGCAUUUCCUGCUAGACCUUGAAAAGCGUGGUGUUCGAAUCCACCAUAUUUUCUUCGAUGGCGGCUUGCCGCCGUCGAAGCGGUCAGUUAGGCUGGACAGAAUGGAGAAAGUCCGCAUUCAACUAGAGCGCUACCGUAUGCAACGUCCUCUCGACCCGAUGAUGACAUCAAUAGGCGACAUUCAGUUCGAGGACGCUUUGUGGAACACCUCUUUCAUAUCAACAAAGAAGGCAACGCCUCCACCUCCACCCUUUAUGGUUGCAAGCGUGAUUGAAUUCCUGAGAGCUAGCAAAUGGAGCCACCUAGUCAGCGUCGUUUCGGGGGAGGCAGAUUCCUUUUGUGCUCAAGCAGCAUGUGAGACCUCCGCAGCGGUGCUGACGAACGACUCUGACCUUGCCGUGCACGAGCUUGGGCCCAAAAGCUCGUUGGCAAUGCUUGGUUCGAUUGAGAAGAAGUUUUCCGGACAGGGAAAAGGCAAAUACUCGCUGGCGAUAUUAUCACUCCACCCCAAGACUAUCUCUGAAAGACUGGGUGUUCCAUCCCUAGUGCACUUUGCAUUCGAGCGGUACAUGGACUCGAGCAUUUCGACAGCGAUGGUAAGGGAGCGAGCAAGAGAUAAACCGAGGCUCGAGAAUCUGAGGGUUCAGUUCAAUGAAUUCGCGGAGCAGUACCUUCCUCCCCAGCCCCAGAUGACGACCAAGGUGCCCUCCCCUCUUGGCGGCAUCGAUCCGCGCACUGCAGAGCUCAUCGUCUCAACCCCUGGCUUUCCUCACAUCUAUCUCACGUCGCUGCUUGAAGACCCAUCCCGUGACUCAGCCUGGUCCUAUGGUUCUGACAUUAGGGGAUUGGCAUAUUCCCUUCUAGCAUGGUCAAGCCUAAUAUCCCAGCCAGAGGCGGUGGUAGAGUACGCACGGAAGGGCCGAAGAAUCACAUCCACAGCCGUGCUCCAACUCAAAAGCAGUCAACUCCAACACCAACUGCAUCAGUGGGUCAACACGCUAGAGAAGUCCUACACCACAUAUCCGGACACUGUAGCCACGCCUGCAAACGAACCCGAGCGUACAUCUCUCCUCCUCAACUGGCACCUGCUUGGCUCCAAUACGGUGCACCAGCAGCUUCUUGCACGGGGGAAGCAGCCGGUGCCCCUGUCGCUCCUACACGGCACGGUGGGUCUCACGAAACAGCACCGCAACGGCUCGCUAAGGGUAACGUGGGACGAGAUCCAUUUCCUGGCACAGGUACACGCGGUGCUAUACUCGUUCCGCAUCCUCAAGCAGAUCGCAGAGUAUGUGCUUCGUGUUCGAUGCCAAGACCCGGGUCAAGCUCCGGGUCAAGGUCAGGGCCGGCCCCCUAAAUCUACUGAUAAUGGUAAUUAUGGUGAUGAAGCCCAGACUACACAAAACGAUCAUGACCCGAUCGAAGUGCUCAUCCGAGAGUUAUCUGCGAAGUUGAAAGACAUGCCAUCCAUCGCAGCCCUAUUCCUCUCGGUCUCUGAUCUACGCACCAGGUUCCAUUAG